UCAGCGUCACAUUCGCGCGACGGCCAUUUGUCAAGCGAGAGGAUCCGAAAGCUAGCGGUAACACUUAGCGGCACUCAAAGCCAAAUUGCUCCCUUCUGACAAGCCGACUGCUCCCGCUAAAACGCGGCCCCUUCCGUCACAAACACAGGCCGUGACGGACUCAGAAGCAGCCGUGCGAACGGCAUAUACUUCCCGGACUGCUUUGAGGCAAGCGACUAAUGCUAGCGGUGUUUUUUUUCCACGAGCACCCUCGCGCGGACGGAUGCUAAGUUUUAGCCGGUGCCGCUAACGUGGUCACCAGCGGUACCAGAGCGCUUCACACUGGGAAGAGAAGACACGAAAGGGAGGGCAUCAUCACACCGUAGGCUCAUCCUGGCAUUUGCUCCCUGUGGCCCAUGAGGAUAUUUGGCUCCGGAUUCACCGCCGCAAGGAGCUACCGGAGAGGCCCGUCGUCACUGUCCGUCCUCGCCCUUGUGAGGCGGCACCGCGGGGCCGUGACACUCUGAUGACCUCAAGGGACGGCGCACUGACGGGACUUUUGUGCGCAAGAGGCGUGCACGUGCACGGGCUGGCAUCCUGAGCCGAAACUAGCGCUCGCGGCCUGAGCAAACAGAGUGUGAACUCAUGUCAAGACCUUCUCCUCCUCAGACAGCUUAGCGAAGGUGCAGGAGGUAGCAAGCUGGCUUUUGGAAAUGAACCAGGAUCUGCUGUCGGGGGGCAGCAGCAGCAGACGGAGUCGGGGCUCCGGGGGUCCGGCGGCGAGAGGUAACGCCUCCUCCUCCGCCGCCCAGGCACCCCAGCAGCCGGCAGAGGAGGCUGAUGAGGAUGAGCACAUGAACCGGGUGCUCGAGGACGAGGAGCGGCCACGGCAACAGCCAGAGAUCUUGCAAGUGGACGCGGACAGAGGAUCGACAUGGGCACCCGGCGAGCCUGCGCCGAGCAACGGCCCCCCCGGGGAAAUCGGGGGAGACGAGGAAGGGCCCCCCAGCAAGGUGAACCGAUGCGAGAAAGGUCCCCGCUGGACGUGGAGAGCCGAGCAGAGGCAGCGGACUCAGGAGGACGAGGAGGAGGACGAGGAGGAGGACGAGGAAGAGGAAGAGAACAACAACCACAACAACAGCACCGGUCACCAGGAAGAGGAGGAAGAGGAGAGGACAGAGGGAGGGCUGGAGCAGAAGAGGACGAGGGACGAGGAAGAGGAGGACGAGGAGGAGAUGGACCAAGACAGCGACGACUUUGAGCCCUCGGCGGAAAGUGGGCGGGAAGAGGAGGAGGAAGAGGAGGAGGAGGAAGCAGAAGAGGGGCUGAUGUCUCCCUCCAUCAGGAACAAUGCGACGGUCGCCAGCAACAAUGUGGACUCACACCAAAGUUCCUCUAACAAGAAGAUGAAGAGAAAGUUGGACCAUGGCCCCGAGGUCCGAUCUUUCCCUUCAGGAAAAAAGCCCUGCAAAGGUCCCGAGUAUCCAAGCCCGACGGGAAUCGUGCCGUGCCCGGCCACGCCCACCACGUUCGGCCACAUCCGGGCGGCCAACGGCCAGGGCCAGCAGAGGCGGCGCAUCACCUCCAUCCAGCCACCUGUGGGGCUCCAGGAAUGGCUCCGGACGUUUCAGAGCUGGUCCGGCCCUGAGAAGCUGCUGGCGCUGGACGAGUUGAUUGACGUCUGCGAGCCGACACAGGUCAAGCAUAUGAUGCAGGUCAUUGAGCCGCAGUUCCAGCGCGACUUCAUCUCCCUGCUGCCCAAAGAGCUGGCGUUGUACGUGCUGUCGUUCCUGGAGCCCAAGGAUCUCCUCCAAGCCGCCCAGACGUGUCGCUACUGGCGCAUUCUGGCCGAGGACAACUUGCUGUGGCGGGAAAAAUGCCGGGAAGAAGGCAUCGAUGAGCCUUUACCCAUCAAGAAGAGGAAAAUCAUCAAGCCCGGGUUCACUCACAGCCCCUGGAAGAGUGCCUACAUCAGGCAGCACAGAAUAGACACUAACUGGAGGAGAGGGGAUCUUAAAUCACCCAAGGUGCUGAAAGGUCACGACGACCACGUGAUCACCUGCCUCCAGUUCUGCGGCAACCGCAUCGUCAGCGGCUCCGACGACAACACGCUCAAAGUCUGGUCGGCUAUCACGGGGAAGUGUCUGAGGACGUUGGUGGGCCACACGGGCGGCGUGUGGUCGUCGCAGAUGCGCGACAACAUCAUCAUCAGCGGCUCUACUGACCGCACGCUCAAGGUCUGGAACGCGGAGACGGGAGAAUGUAUCCACACCCUCUACGGGCAUACCUCAACAGUGCGCUGCAUGCAUCUGCACGAGAAAAGGGUGGUGAGCGGCUCUCGGGACGCCACGCUGCGCGUGUGGGACAUCGACACGGGCCAGUGUUUACACGUCCUCAUGGGGCACGUGGCGGCCGUGCGCUGCGUCCAGUACGAUGGACGGCGGGUGGUCAGCGGUGCCUACGACUUCAUGGUCAAAGUCUGGGACCCCGAGACGGAGACGUGCCUCCACACGCUGCAGGGCCACACCAACCGGGUGUACUCGCUACAGUUCGACGGGAUCCACGUGGUGAGCGGCUCGCUGGACACGUCCAUCCGAGUGUGGGACGUGGAGACGGGCAACUGCAUCCACACGCUGACCGGCCACCAGUCGCUCACCAGCGGCAUGGAGCUCAAAGACAACAUCCUGGUAUCGGGCAACGCCGACUCCACCGUCAAGAUCUGGGACAUCAAGACGGGCCAGUGCCUGCAGACGCUGCAAGGUCCACACAAGCACCAGAGCGCCGUCACGUGCCUGCAGUUCAACAAGAACUUUGUGAUCACCAGCUCGGACGACGGCACGGUCAAGCUGUGGGACCUGAAGACGGGCGAGUUCAUCCGCAACCUGGUGACGCUGGAAAGCGGCGGCAGCGGGGGUGUGGUUUGGCGCAUACGGGCAUCCAACACCAAGCUGGUGUGCGCCGUGGGCAGCCGCAACGGCACAGAGGAGACCAAGCUGCUCGUGCUUGACUUUGACGUGGACAUGAAGUGAACGCACUGUUGUUACGGUGGGGGCAGGAAGGGGGUGGAUGAGGCGGGUUUGGGGUGGUGGGGCCAGGGGGUCCCAAAAAGCAAACUGACACCAAUCUACCCCACGAUCACAGGGCCGAUUGUUGUCGUGUCGAGAGAAGCACCUCCGAGGCCUCCUAAGGAUUGGGAUCUCGGGUGGAAUUUCAACCCAUUUUGUUGCCGUUCCUGUUCCGCUGAACCUCAACGUCAUCAACUGUGAAUUUCAAAAUCUGAUUUUUCCAUCGCCUUUGUGUUGCGAACGGCAACGAAUCCCAGUAUUAGAACAACCCCACCCCACCCUCAUUGUUUGUCUGGGGGGGGGGCAGGAACAGGAUCGCUAGCAAUGCUGUCCAAAGUGGUUUUGGUUGUUUUCCACCAUCCCAGGCAUUCAGUUGGAGGGGAAAAACAGGAACAAGUUUUUACUCCAACUUUCCAUGGCGAGGAAUUCUAUAUGUCUUUAUUCUGAUUCCACUCCGCCCCGUUGACCAACCUCCCACAGGAACAAGAACAUCAGUGCUGCUGUUGGUUAACCGUGGUGGUCUGUUCCAGUCUCCUCAGUCUGCGGCCCACCAAUCUCCCAUCAAGUCUCCACAAAUACGAACUGUAAACAGGAAAGCCAAUGCUGUCCAAAGUUUUCCAGUUGAGCGAGGCCUGUUCCAGUUUGGCUUGGAAUUGAAAAGGAGGGAACAGGAAUGUUAUUUCUGUUUUUCAGUACAGCUGGUGCCCAUUUAAACCUUUGGAAGCUCGUAAAUCUGCUGUCCCCUGUCCCCGACAACCAACCUCCUGCCACAAAAGGAAAAAGGAACAGGAACAUCAGGAUGUUUUUUUUCUCAGUCUGGCUGUGUGCUCCAGCUUCCUAAAUUUUUACCAAAUCUAACAGGGGAGGAAUCAGUACAAGGAACAUGAAUGCUCUCCAGAGUUUUUCAGUCCGACCUUCCAUGGUGACGACUUCCGUUUCCCCAUCACAUCUCUACCGGGCUGAAAAGAAAUCAACAGCGGCACCAAAGUCGUUUCAUUCCAGCUGGAGUGUGUGGAACUCUGCUGCAGCUCCCCUUUCCCACCGACUUCCACUUCUCUACGGGCGUGGGGCAAAACUCAAUUCAGAAAUUCUUGAGUCCAUCUGGGGAUGCGUUCCAGCCUUCCAAGGCCAGAUCUCUCCAGGAACAUAAUUACUGUUUUUUUUAUUCCCCCCAGUCCAACUGGUGGUGGUGGUAUGGUAUUCUGAUCCGUGUCAAACUGGAAGACACAAAAACAAAACGGGAAUGUCGAUGCUGUGCAGCUGGUGCCAUCAACCAUGUCGCCACUGAAACAACAAAGUCAAAGCUAAACUCAAUUUUUCGGUCGAGGGUUCCGCCCUUCCGAGCCCGGCCUGGACACCCCCCCAGCCCCCCCCCCCCCCCACCCCGCUUCUCAAGACCGUCGCCACCACCCACCUGCCACCUGCCACCUCCCAGCCCGUGGCCAAACUGUACUAAUGCUGCUAGAUGAACCGGGGGAUGGAAAUAGUUGCAACUCUUUUUUUUUUUUUUUUUUUUUUUUUUUUGCUGUGACGUUUUAGUCCCAGGUGAAAUUCCAAAUUGAACUUUCAUGUUUUUGAGAGGGGAGAAAAGAAGACAAAAUAGUAAACAUCCUACUUUUUUUGGGGGGGGGCGCCACUGAGACUUGAGCCAAACGUGCCUCUACGAGGCGGAGGGGACGGGAUCGCCUGCGAAUUACAAGAAGGAAGCGUGAGUGUUAGCGUGCUAGCGGACAACUUGUGAACACAUUCCUCGGGACAACCGGCGGGAAUGAAUCAAUGCUGCAUGGACAAAAACACACAUACACACGCACUUUAUGGGAUUUCAUAGGAAAAUAACAACAACAAAAAACAUCCUGCCGUAUGUUUGGUUGUCGUCCGUGGAGGGCCUGCCCACCCGUUAAGAUCAAGUGUUACACACGGUGGUCCAAAAAAAAGGUGAACCUUGUAGCCAAAACCUCUCUCCAAAAGUCACAAGCUGAACUGUGAAAAAGUGGUUGUAACACUGUAUAGUAAACAAAAAAACAAACAAGAAAACAAAACAAUCUUGCUCUUGCUCCUCGUUUUUCUCCCGCUGUUUAAUUUAUGGUCUGGUUUGAUGAAUCAGAUUUGUUGUUUCUUUUUUUUUAAUGUCCUUUUUUUUCAGUUCAGUUUAAACUGCCUGGCAAAAAAAAGACGAGACAGACGGACAGGAAAAAAAACCUUAAAGGGAUUUUUUGUGAUUUGUUUCAUUCACUUAGAAUUUUAUUUUCUUAUAACUUAAAAGUGCAAUAAAAUGUGGGUUUAUUUUACUUUUUUUCAUUUCAAACGAAAAUCCGUUGUCUGUUUUGUUACCUUGUGUGAAGGAAUCUUCUAUGUUGAAUAAAGCAAAUUAUUUGGGUAA